UAGUGUAGACUAUAGUUUUUGUUCAAAGGCUUGUGUUAUAAAAUAUAUACAAUGACUUUCUUCAUAAUAAUUAUAAACCUUCCAUUCCAAGUAAAAAAUUCGUUGCGUAGUUUAGGACCCGUCGUACCAAAUGCAAAAUUGUUCUGCUGUUCCGAUUUGAAAAAAUAUUUUUGUAUUGGGCAGUGCAUUUAUCGAGGAAGGCUAUAGGCUAAAUAUUACCCAAAAAUGUUGCAAAAACGGGUAAAAAUAUUCUAUUUGUGACUUUCCGUUGCUUGCGCUGGGUAAAUGGUUAAAGUUACACAAAAAUCAUGUAUGACGGAAUUCUUCCCCUUUAAAAGUUCUGUAAAAAGGUCCACGACAGCAUAUGUACCUACAUAUUUUAAGUUUGACUCACUAUAAACCUUUUUCUUCAAAUUAACGCGGGUGAAACCGCAGGGGACCUCUCGUUGUGACAUAACUGUAAUAGUUAGGACACAUGGUAUCGCGGACUUCUUUGUAGAUAUUUAAUCCUCUAUAAAACUUUAGUACAUUUUUUUGUAUAUUUUACACACAUUUUGUUACAUUAUCGAAGUUUUCAUACGGAACCCCAACUUUUUUGAAAAUACACUACAGCCUAUAUUAAUCAGUGAUAAUGUAGCAUUCAAAUGGUGAAAGAUUUUUUAAAAUCGGUCCAGUACUUUUUGAGCCAAUUCGUUACAAACAAACUUACAUACAAACUUUUCCUCUUUAUAAUAUUAGUGUAAAUAAACCCUGGAACCAACUCAGCAACAUAAAUACAACACCAACAAAACGUCAAGAAGGUUAUUACUAGUAAGAAGUUAUCCAGGACCUACACAAUGAAGCUGGAACCUGACAAUGGGAAGUCAAUAAGUUUUAGAAUUACAAGGGUUACAUUUUUAUUCAAUAAUCUUGAAGAAUUUAUGUUAUUAUGAUGGAUACCCAAUAUUUUGGCUGCACAGAUGAAAGACGAAGAAAGAUAGUAUCCAUUGUCUGUCACUAUGAGAAGAUUUAAAAAAAACGCUAUUGUUGCCAAGUUAGGGUAUUUACCCUAGAUUAAGAGAAAAAUGACAUUGCGGGGAAAAGCAUAAGGUAUAAAUUAUUCUUAAAGUAAAAAAUAUAUCCCAAACAUAAUGUUGGGGGUAUUAUUUGGAGCAAAGAUAAAAAAUAAAAUGAAAAUAUCGCUGGUUGAAGCAUUUAACCCUCUUCCUAGUCGUGCACUUUUGACAGAGUGGUCGUGGUUAUGUUUCGGUCAAUUCCUGUAUCACUGAUGCAUUUGCAAUGUGUCGCCAUGCAACUCGAUAUUUUUCUUUUUAACUACUCGCUGUUUAAAUCUAAAGCAUUUUUACUACAAAAAAUUCCACGCAGUCCAGGCAGAGAACCUGUUCUGGUCAAUAUUUUUAACUAACUGAUAUUUUUUUACAUAUUAUUCAGUAAAAACUUUACUGACUACAAUGCAAACAAAAAUUUAAUGAGUUUCAUGUAAUAAAUCAUUCAUAGCCGUGAGCAUUUAAAGUGCAUUAAAUUAUACCACGAGUUCCAUAGAUUGAAUCCAUACAAUUAAAAGGUUUUCUGUUUGUUAUCUCUUCAUGUGUAUACCGUUGAACCGAUUUAGAUAUUAUUUGGUAAGUAUAACGAUAGUUUUCGUCCCGAGAAAGGACAGCCAGACUGUCCCAGGAUAGGGUGAAAAUUAAUAUGGGAAAACAAUUUUUUGGUAUAAAUAAAGUCGCGCAUAAUACUCUGAUAUGGCAAAUGCCAUUCUUCAGACACAUCGAUUUGCAACUGCAUUCGAAAGUACAGUACCUAACAUAUUAUAACAUGUCUUCCGAAGCAAACAAGUGCUCGAGAUGAUAUAUUUUUGGUCACCUACUAUUGUAGGUAUCUGAUGGCGGACCAUAGCCAAUAUUGCUUAACUUCCACAAUCGUAAUGGAAUCGAAUGUUCUUGUUUGUUCGCAUAAAUGUUCGCUCUCUACAAAUAGUACAUAAAAACUUUAGGCAUCAAAAUUGCAUUAUUGGCGAUCGGUAUAUUUCUUUUUUCACGAAAUAUAGGGUAAACUGUGACCAUGUAAAGGGUAAAAUAAUAUUAAAACCUGGCAGCACUGCCCCACGGCCAUCUUUCUUUUUGCUUCUGACGUUUACUUGCAAGAAACACAAAAUGCAGAACGACGCCGGUGAAUUCGUUGACUUGUACUGCCCGAGGAAAUGCUCGGCCAGCAACCGUCUCAUCCACGCUAAGGACCAUGCUUCAGUGCAGCUCGUCAUAGCCGAUGUCGACCCAGCCACUGGCAGGGCCGCUGAGACCUCCAAGAUCUAUGUGGUGUGCGGAGCCAUCAGACGUAUGGGAGAAUCUGAUGAUUGCAUUGUUCGCCUAACCAAGAAGGAUGGCAUAUUGACUAAGAACUACUGAUGUUCUAGUGUAACAGUUUAUUUUUAAGAAAAAUAAUAAAAAAAUCAUAAAACUGU